CUCAGGCCCUCGGCGCGUGCGCCGCCGCGGCGCUUCUUCCUCUCGCCAUCACCGCGAGGGUCGCUCCAUCAAACAAAGCCGAGGCUGCAGAGAGCGCGGCGCAGGCAGAGGGGCAGCGCCGCACGCGCUGCUGUGCUGCUGCCAUCCGCGAGCUGCCUGCGCCUGCACGAUGCUGCAGCAUGUGCAUGUGCCUCUCGACAGGCCGCAAGCGCGGCCGCCGGAGCCGGCCGCCGCCGGCGGCAGAGGGCAUGAUUUGUGCGCGCAGAGCAAGGCACGACGAGACGAUUGCCGACGAGGAGCCCUAUAUGUGCCCGGCCGUUCCUCCAUCCGCCGCUCCCUUUCACCCCUCCUCAUCCUCAUCCCGUCACCGCACCCUCCGCUGCCAUGGCCGACGCCGAGAUCAACUGCAGCAAUGCGCGCCUCGAGCCGUUCGAGGACGGCAUCGGCCUGCGCGUCGGCGCCAUCUUCAUCCUCCUUGUCUCGUCGGGCGCCAUGACGCUCUUCCCCAUCGUCACGCGCCGUGUCGCGCGCUUCGCCGUGCCGGCGGCCGUGUUCGACUUUGCCAAGUUCUUCGGCUCCGGCGUCAUCAUCGCCACGGCCUUCAUCCACCUCCUCGCGCCCGGCGUCGAGGCGCUCUCGAGCCCGUGCCUCAACGAGAACUUCCAGAACUACCCGUUCGCCUUUGCCUUUGCCAUGAUCACCAUGUUCCUCACCUUCAUCGUCGAGCUGCUCGCGUUCCGCAUCGGCGCCGCCAAGGCUGCCUCGCUGGCGUACGACCCGCACACGGGCGGCCACCACCACGCCGCCGAGCACGGCAACCUGGCGCGCGUCGUCAGCACCGGCGCCGUGCCGCACACGCUCGUCGAGAAGAACGUCAGCGACUCGGACGAGGCGCUCGUCAAGGUGCCGCUCUCGGCUGCUGCCUCUGAGAUCCUCGGCGUGGCCAUUCUCGAGUUCGGCGUCAUCUUCCACAGCGUCAUCAUCGGCAUCACGCUCGGCACAAUUGGCGACCGCUCGUCGUUCGUCACGCUCUUUGUCGUCAUCAUCUUCCAUCAGAUGUUCGAGGGUCUCGGUCUCGGCUCGCGGCUGGCCCUGCUGCCGCUGGGCCCGGGCAGCGCGAUCCCGUUCCUCGGUGCCGUGGCCUACUCGCUCGUCACGCCGAUUGGCCUGGCCAUCGGCCUGGGCGUGCGGCACACGUACAACGAGGACUCGGCCAAGGCCUCGUACGUCACGGGCACGUUCGACAGUGCCAGUGCCGGCAUCCUGCUGUACACGGGCCUCGUCGAGCUGCUGGCGCACGAGUUCAUCUUCAACGAGAAGAUGCGCACCGACCCGCUCGGCAAGGUGCUCGUCCACGUCUGCACGAUGCUCCUCGGCGCCGGCAUCAUGGCUCUUCUCGGCCGCUGGGCCUAAGCGGCUCCGUCGUCUCGGCGCAUGCGAUACCCUCUCUGCACAUAGCUGCUUGCUCCCUCUCUUGGUCUAGAUUAUUGUCACUUGCCUGCCUUGCUCUGUAUGCGCCUCGUGCCGCAGCCGGCCCCGUGCACCGACGCACUGCUGCGUCGGUCCGCGAGUGGCCCUGCGGCUAAUCCACGUCAUGCACAC